AUGUCUGGGCGCCGUCGUCCAGCGACGCGUCAGACUGAGAUCGUUGAGCCAGCGGAGCCGGUCGCGAGACAAACUCGACGAAGCGCUAGACUUACCGACGCAUCUACAGAGCCUGAAUCCCGAUCUCAGGUUGAAAUAUCACGACGCGGCACUGGGCGUCGUCGUCGUAAGAGUCUUGAGAGCGGCGCGACAAACGAGGUCCCGAAAGGCUCUACAGAUCAUGUGAAUCCCGAGCCAGAAAACGAGCCAGAAGAUGAACUAGAGAAUCUUAACUUGGUCCCAAUAUCUAAGCCUAUCAUUCCCCAGAAUGACGCAGGAUCCGAGACAGACGACGUUCAUGAGUCAUUGGAGGUGGACUCUUCUAGAAUUCAAGAUAUGCUCGACUUUGAUAUACCCAAGUUCGCACGCUGGUCCGACCACAUGUACGACGUCCUAUCAUAUAUAGACAACGAGCAGCCAAGCGUAGAAGACCGUUCGAGGUUAAGUCGCACCAGAAAAUCAUACAAUCAUGCCCGCCUUCCUUUUGCCGAUACCAGCGCCUUUCUCAUAAAGCCUAUCAACUUCUCCGAGGACUAUGGCCUAGAAGUUCGAGCUAAGAUACAAGUGGCAAUCUGCUCUGGAAACAUUAUAUCACUCCUUGCCUCCAUUGUAGACGUCACAGUUGGCAAAAAGGGAUCGCUCCUGAUUCUCGAACAGCUAGAUGACUCUUUCCCGGUCUCGUUCAAUCCACAUUCUCCGGGGAAUGAUGAUAUAGAGCGGGUUCUAGAUCUAGCAUUCCGUAUUCGAUGUCGUCACGUAGUUGAACUACUAACUGCUGAGCCUUCCGUUGACCCGUACGAAUUGGCUGCCAGUAUGUUCUAUAGCCAAGAACAAUACAAACCUUUGGCUGGGAUCAAUAUUAACGAAAACUCCUACCUCUAUGAAAGCUAUCAAGACCGCAUUCAGGAGAUCAUCUCCGUUCUUUCUUCCGAUGACAGGUCCGAAGUGGAAUCACGUUUGGAUCAAGAUUGCCCCAAGGAAGAGCUCUUUAACGACCUCAGAUCAUGGGGCCUAGAUAUGUAUAAACAACUUAAUAAUAUGCCGACAGAUCAGGGAAACAUGAAAGCCGCCAAACCAACAGAAGGAGAAGAUGUGCAUGCAUUAAUAAGACGUGGAGAAUCAGAGCCUCUUUUCGUCGAUGACAAUGAAGAGAAUAGAGGGGGCUCAGAUUCUGAAUCAGACACAGACGUUGCAGGAUAUGAUAGACUACCAACUCAGGAAUCCAAUCAGAAUUUCAUUAAUAGUUCCGCCAUUCUGGCAGCCGUGAGGCGGAGUGAGAAUCAGCAUGUGUCAAGUCCUAUAUCGGUACCGCCUUCUAAUCAACGAGCCAUAGAGGACAAUGGGCAUAUAUCUAGUAUCAGAGAAGCAAUCCGUGGCUUAGAUCCUAGCCAGGUAAUUAGUCGUACGAGGAAACGCCCGGCUCCUAAUCAAGAUGAUGCUAGCGAAGGCGAUGAUGACUUUGAAGUAAAUACGCAACUUUUUAACGAACCCAGGCGGCCUCGUAACGAAGACGCAACUGUUCAAAGACCACCUUCUAAACGGCCCCGAAUCUUGGAACAAACUCAGAUUGUGCGUCGCCAGCAAGUUACUAAGGAACGGCCGCGGAGCGACAUGUUUGAAGGCCUUGGUUUACAGGAGCGAGAUAUUAUCAGGUUAACUCAGGAGGCCCGAGAUGCUCGACGUACGACCUAUGUGAACAGGGCCAAGCCCCGGCAAGUUCGCGUACCAUGGUCCUUCUCUGAUACCUCCAAACUCUUGGACCUAAUCGCCGACAGAUCCAUAAAUUGUUCAUGGAGUACCAUUGCGAGAAUAGGCGAUUUCGAAACCCCGCGAAACCAGCAACAAGUACGUGAUAAGGCCCGUGGUCUAAAAGUUUUAUAUUUGGAAGGUGACCAAGUUUUGCCACUAGGUUUCGAUCAAGUUGUUCUAGGCCAGAAAGAAAAGGCUGCAGUCAUCAAGUGUGGCAAGAACCCUGAUCGGCAAGAAGACGACCUAAAUGAAUAUGGCGAAAUUACCAAUAAUAUAUGGAUUGAUUGA